AUGUCUUUAAGAAUUCAAAACGGAAAAGAGACAAAGUUCCGUCGCCGGGACUUGAACCCGGGUCGCGCGGAAAAGAAGAAACAGCUUCACUUGGCUUUGCCUGUGCACGCCGGCCGGCCCAGCCCGCCCUCCCCCGCUGCUGCAGCAGCAGCAGCAGCAGCAGCAGCAGGGGGCCACGCCGGGUACAGGGGGGGGGGCGACGCAGCCUUGUCCGUAGCAGCAGAAGAGCUCGUGGCCGCGUCCAGCUUUGAAGAAGAAGUCCGGGUACUGUACCCAUCUCCUGAGGGCGAGGGGCCCCCCCCCCGCUCCCCAGGGGGGCCCCCCGGGGGGCCCCCCCCAGCCCUCAGGGACAACUCACCGCUGCGGACUCUGGCCCGUUUGGCCCUGACGCCGUUGCUGCUGCUGCUGCAGCUCUUGAGAGUGUUGGAGUCGCUGGUGACGGACGCAGCGCAGCAGGACGAAAAAGGAGACAAAGGGACAGCAGCAGCAGCAGCAGCAGCAGCGCCAAGGGGAUCUUGCUGCGAAGCGCCGGAACCCCCCUUCUUCAGUGAGGCAGCUUGCCGCUGCUGCUUUGCUGUAGCAGCAGCAGCAGCAGCAGCACCCCGCGGGCCUGGGCCACGGCCCCCAGAGGAGGGGACAGAAGCAACAGAAGAAGCUGCUGCAACUGACGGGCUGGAGACAGAUAUCGGCGUGGGCCGCUGCAGCAGCAGAAGCAGCAGCAGCAACAGCAGCAACUGCAGCAGCAGCAGCUGCAGCAGCAGUAGCAGUAGUGGCAGCAGCGCGAGCACCGCUAAUCCCCUUGUGAAGCACGCGCUUACUACCGCAGCAGCAGCAACCCUGCAGCAGCAGCAGCAGCUCACCUCCUUGGGGACAACUCCUGAAAAGACUCCAACUGACAGCAAGUGCAGCAGCAGCAGCAGCCAGUGCAACAGCAGCAGCAGCAUUCGCAGCAACCCCUGCAGCAGCAACCCCAGCAGCCACUGCCGCAGCAACCCCAGCAGCCACUGCAGGAGCAGCAGCAGCAGCAGCCACUGCCGCAGCAACCCCAACAGCCACUGCAGCAGCAGCAGCAGCAGCAGCAGCAGCAAGACGCACUGGGAGGCAGACUGGGGCGUGUCUAAAGGCCUUCCACGGCAGCACGGGGACUCUGGCGAGGCGGCGGACGAGUUUGGGCGAAACGCCAAAAAGGUGGAAAGUGCUGCUGCUGCUCGCGGAGAGCCGCGAGCAGCGGCGGGCGAGCGCUUGCAGCCGGCGAGAGCGAAGCUGCAGCAGCAGCAGCAGCAGCAGCAGCAGCAGCAGCAGCAGCGGAGGCGGGGUCGGGCGGCGGCGCGGGGGCCCGCGGCGUGUGGGCAGAGCGGCAGCCGACAACACAGGCGAGAGACGCGCGAUCGGGAUCGGCUCAGCAGCAGCAGCAGCAGCAGCAGCGGCAGCAGCAGCAGCGGCAGGGCAGGGUGGGAGCCGGGAGGUAGCCCGCUGCGGCCUCAGGACUACUGGGGGACCCCGGGGCCCCCAGGAGGCGAGGGGGCCGGCGGGGGGCGCGGGGGCCCCCAGCAGCAGCAGCGACAGCAGCAGCAGCAGCGGGAGGGGGCCCCCCGAAAGGGGCUGCGGGGGGACUCACGCGCGGCUGGGCCCCGCCGCUCUCCAUCAGCAGCAGGCGGGGGGCCCUGGGAGCGCUCGGUGCAGCAGCAAGCAGAGGCGGCAGCAGCAGCCCUUCUCCUCAUUGCAGUAGGGGAGAGGGCUGCUGCUGCAGCGGGCGAAGCAGCUGCUGGGGCCGUCAGGCUGCAGCAGCAGCGCGGCAGGGCUGGGGCAGGGCAGCUAGGGGGCCCCCGCGCGCCCUCUUGGUGCUCAUCUACGCAAAGAUUUUGA